GUACACUCGCUUGCAGACGGAUUAGUUACGAUGUCACAGGGAGUCCCUACGUGCUCACAAAAGUGAUCAAAAUCGGAUGCAAAGUGCACAGUUUGUUAAUUGCAAUAUGAUAUUCAGUCAACGGAAAGUGUAAUGAGUGCAUUGUGAUAAUUUUAGUUUUGAAAUUCACGCGAAAAGGAGUGGAAAAUUGUAAAAUUAGUUCGCAAUUUUAGAGGGUCUUUGGGCGACCCGAGCCAAGAAGAACGCACACAGUGUUGCGAUCGUGGAUCGCGUGAAGAACGACACAACCACAGUGUCGUACAGCGACGGGUCUUAUUGGGGUCCCUGGUGGUGUGGCAUCGUGUAUGAGUGGAAGGGCUACCGUUUGUUUAUGUGAAAUUGUUGGAAUUCCUCAGCUCGAUCAUCGAAGGCUUGUAGCCCAUGCCGAGGACGAUUCCGGUGUGUUGUUAUUUUGCCCAACCUGCUUGGGGAAACGAACCUCGCUCACGCAGAUAGAGCCCAACUGGACCGGAAAUCGAUACGAGCUAUUUUGUGAUGAAGUUUAUGAAGUGAAAUUAUUACCAAAAAGAGUUCAACGAAAAAUGGUUGAAAUAAAUGAGGGUAUCAAGUGACCCAUCAGUAAGUUCAGUGGGAAAGUGAAAAUCAGUGCAACGAUACUUUCAUAUGCAAGGUGCAGUUUCCCACAAUUUAAAUUGAGCCAUUUACUCUCGCUUUGAAUUUGAUGUCGACGAUUACGAGGUCCCAUGUAGCACCACCAGGUGAGACGAAAGUCGCAUGCAAAUACCAAGCACGACAUACACAGCGAUGAGUUCAUCGACCAAAACAGGAAAACGUUCGGGAUUAGCACCACAAUCUGUUUACAGCAUUCUAUAGCAUCGAAACUCCCUCAAAAAUGGCAGAAUUCCUUCCGCUCUGUGAUGUGCUGUUCAACGUGAUCUCGCUGGCCGGCUACUUUUGCGACGUAGUGUUCGACGUCGUUCUCGGCUAUGCGCUGUACGAGCGGCAAAAAUAUGUGCACUUUGCUGCCGUUAUCGUUAUCGUGAGCUUUUCCCUCGUGAUUUCACAGAUUGUUUCCGUUCGAUGGUAUUUGAAUAAACGAAAACUGAGAGGGUCUACAGCGGCCACCACAGGACCACCUAUCGAAGGUCCCGAUAGUUCGGAGAACAGCUUGGAAAAGAAGAAAAAGAAGCCUCCGAUUGAGCCGGUUACUAUAGCGGCUAAAUAUAGUCGCUAUGCCGUACUGGCACUGCACGCCACCCAAUUGGGGGUCCUAUGGCGCUAUGCAAAACUUUUCGUGCCGGUUGACCUGCGCCACGUUAAACACGAAGUUCGUGAUCUUUGCAUGCUCCGAUUGGUUCACGCAUUCUGCGAAGCUGCCCCUAUGCUUCUGCUACAACUCUACGUGCUAGUGAACUUGCAGAACGAAGAACACAUAAACACAUUGAAGAUAAAAGCCUUGGCCAGUAGCCAUCAUCUGUCCAGUACGGCUUUGGUGCAGCACACCAGCUUGGCAGAACACCAACAGAAGACUUUCCGUGAUCUGAACAUGGUUUCUGCAACGCUAUCACUGUUCAGCGUCUGUUGGGCAUUGGCCAGUUUCAGCAAGAAUGUUCGCCUUCAAAAUGUACACCGCUUGGUGCUGACCUGGCUUGGCGUGAUAUUUCAGUUUCUUUGGCGACUUGGAACGGUGAUAUCGCGUGUCAUCUCGUUAACUGUGUACGCCUCGGUUUACAGUCAUUGGGUGUUUCUCGUUAUAAUCUUGCAUUGGUUUUCAAUGUUCCUGUGGCUUAUUUCACCAAAAAACGUAUUUCAUGGAGAGCGGAUAUCAAGACUGAAGAAAGCCAUGCUGGGAGGGUUGAUUGCCUUUGUCUACAUAUUUGCGUACAUCAAUCUACAGGAGGUGAAGCAUCGGCAGAAAAUGCUUACCUUCUAUGUGGUGAUGUUCUUGGAAAACUGCCUUCUAGUGUGCCUCUGGAUGGUCGGUAUUUGGCACAAUCGUCCUGAGGGAUGGUACACCAUCCCUAUUUCCGUGCUGUGUAGCUUCUGUAUCGGACUAUUUUUUAUGACAGUUUACUAUCGUUAUUUCCACGUGAGACGGCUAGGAUAUGAAGCUGGUGGUCGAGCUCCUUGCGUUGAAGAUGCCAAGAUCUGUAGCCACUGUCGUGACUCGUGUCGAUGUCCGGAAAAUGGUGAACAUGUUGAGAUUAAUAAAUUCGUCGGUGGAUGCGGUAGUCAAAAGUAUCCUCAUGCCAUACCAGGUGUGUUCAACUGCCGCUUCUCUAAUCCUGUAAACGCCGCUACUAAACGUAAAAAGAAGAAACCCACAACAUUUGUACCGCCUCCCAACCUUGCUAUGCCACCGAACACUACUGACCCGGGAACACCCAUCGGUCCCAUGGCAAUACCAUUUUGGAGAAGACCUUUGCCACGAUCACACACGGGUGGCUCGAGUGAGAAUGAAGGUAGCAGUGUUGGAUCACGGGUGAACAUCCAACAAAAAUUGCAGGAAAAGAAGCAGAAGCAGUUAGCGGAAUUGAAGAUCAUUGAGGAGGAAAUCAAACAGGGCAAACUUGGAGGGCCUGGAACGGGAACUCUUAGUUCAGGUGACGAUGCCAAAACUACACUUCCGAGACAACCGAUUCCUCGGGUGAAAAAGCAUAUCGAUAUUGAUCCAAUGGAUUGGCGACCUUCGAGUCCGGACAUGGCUGAGAUGGUCGUCGAGAAAUCCUUUAACGAUCUCAACUUGCUGCUGGCAGCUAACCUAGACGAUGUAAAUAAUUUGAACAAAUUCAACUCUAAUUACGAUCCCAUCUAUAAUAGCUUCGGACUGAAUGGAAUCAACAUCUCCGCAUUAGUAACUAUGAAAAAUGCCGAAAAUCAACAAGCGGCAGCUAACAACAGAAAUAUGUCUCCCAUAUCCUCACAAAUUUCCGCAACGGAAAGCAACUCACUAACGCGCCAAGUUCACCCACGAUCUAAAAUGCUGCCAAACAAUGUGCCAAGAAAUCCGUUUGCCGAAAACUAUCGCGGGGGAAACUUUGUAAAUUUAUACGCCGAGGCGGCUGCCAAUGGCAAUCGGCCUCCUUCAAUCAGUCCGAGGAACCCAGAUGUGACUACUGCGAACCGAGCCGUACUAUACGACAACCAUAGCCGACUUUACAUGGACGCAAAUCAUCCCCGGCAGGUAUCCGGCACUUACAGUAGCAUGGAAAACGGUGGCACCGAGAAUUUACCAUUUCCGUACAAUGUUGUCCCGCCGCCGCGUAGCAAGUUGGACAGUCGCGCAACGCCUACGAUGCAUAACACGAACAACAGUGCCACCAACACGGGCAGCAGCAGUGGACAUAACAACAAUAACUGCACCAGUAGCUCGGUGCUUCCAUCGACAGUGAUCAAUAAUCUGAACAACACCAAACGGCAGAUGCAGCGUGCGAAAACACCGGAGAUUCUCCUGGCACCCCAUUAUCUGGAGAACUCUCGGAUUUACUACGAUUGGGUGGCGCGGGAGGCAGCCAAUCUCAGACUGCAGGAAGCAGAAAGAAACCAGUCGGUCGUGAGCAGCGGAGAUGAAAAUCUCGACAACUGUGCAGUAGAUGAUGUCCAUAAUCCUCAUCGAAUACCGUCUGAUAUCGAUAGCCAGGUAUCGCUUCCCCGGUCGUACACAUUGCCACGAGAGUUCAAGUACUAUCGCCGGAAUAAAGGUCGCAAGACGAUCAAAAACGAACACUUCAUAGCCAGUACCAACAGCAGCGACGGCGAUGUCGACAGUGGCGACGACAACGAGUCCGAGCACCAUUCGAACAUCUCCAGCAAUUCUCAACAGCGGCUGAAGAAUGCCACUCCGAGUUCGAACAUCGGCGCCGGCACACAGCGUUUGAACAACCUGAACAAAAAUUCCGCCACGGUGCACUAUGGGCAGAACAUUUCACCGAGCGCUACAAUGCUAGCGAAUGCCGGAGGACCCUCAGCGGUGAUCAACUCCCGGCAAGUGCUAAAUGCCACACCCCAGAGCAUGCACAUGAUCAACGGCUACGGUAACAAUCUGAACAGCAGUGCCAAGCAAGUUCACAGUUUGGAUCUAAUCAAUGGUGUGGACAGCGCAAUGGGCCCUGGUGGCGGUCAGAAUAGUGGACCUGUUUCGUACAACAGCAGACCAAUGCGAUUGCGGAUGUACAGUGCCAAGAACGGGAUGGUUCGACACGAAACUAAGUUAUGAUUGAUGUACUAUGAAAAGAAAUAGAUAAUUUAUCUAGCGUAUUUUAGGUAGGUAGCAUGUUUUUAUUGGUGAAGAAAAGUGAAAGCAAAUUAUUUUGAGAAUAUUUAAUACCAUCUUGUGAUAUAAUUUUAAAGUUUUCAUAUUGAAGAUUCGUUGCCCGCCAACAUAUAACAAGUAAAGAGACUGGCAAUUUGUAAUAACUAUUAAUGUGAAUUGUUUCUAUCAAAUUUAUUGAAACAAAUUGUUAUUUACUUCACUAGUUAGCUAUUAUGUCUGUGCCUAGUGAGCAGGAAACCGUGAGUACUUUCGAGUUUCAGGUAUUUCCGUUCUAGAAAAUUUUGUUUUAACUCAUAUAACAUAAGUGGCAUAGAAAUGCAUUUUUAAUAAACUGUA